CUUUUAUCAUUUUCAGACUGUGGAUUUGAGAAAUUGAUGUAGCAAUGGAAAAAAGAAUAUACAAUCGCCUCAAGACAGAUAUGAAUAAAACACACUUUAACGAAAAAAACAUGGGCGCGAAUCUGGAACAUUUCAGACAAGAGGCAGCGUCGUAUCUAAGUGGCCCCGGUGAAUAUGAAAACCUUUCCUUUCUCGAGGUAUGUCAGAAUUUGGAAGGAGAAGGAGUUAUCAGCUGCAAAGAGCUAGAAACACUGAAACUUUUAGUGGAAACUGCACCCAAAGGUAAACAACAAAUGCUUGAUAGGAUCGUCAAAGCUGAGGAAGACAUUCAGAAAUGCCAGUCAGGAAUUGACGUCGUACCUACAAGAACUACGGUGCAGCCAGAGCUAGAUGCUGCCACAUCAGGCGGCGCAGGAAAUUUCCAUAAGACGGACAACACCACGUUAUCGUUUUCUAUGCUUGAGGCGAUGGGUAAAUCUAAACUUAACAAGUCUGUUGGAGUCAUCAAAAUCAAAAUGUAUGGCCAACUUGCUGAGUCUGGAACAGGAUUUCGUUUUGGGAAAAACUACGUCAUGACUGCUUAUCAUGUGCUUGAAGAAAUUGUCAAACAAGUUUGGAAGUUAGUAAAAGCUAAAGUUGGACAGAACGACAAGAAGGAAGCUAUUAAUCAGGAAAUCAGCCGUAUGUUUGGUAUGACGUCGGCUGACAUUGAACCAAAGCGUCAAGCUCUCCCAUUCGGAAAACUGUUUACAUAUUUGCAUGAAAUGGGUCUGAAAAUUGAAGGUAUUGGAUGUUCCACAUGUUCCAACUUGAUAAGUGUAAUAAUAUAUAUUUACAAGAUAAUAUAGUCAAGCAUUAAUCUGCAAUAACACGUUGUUCAUCUAUAUGAAAAAUAUACCAUUUAAUUCAGAUACAUCAAUUUAAGACGACCAUUGUUCAAAAUAUUUAUCAUUGAAACACAAACGUAUUGGUGUUUUUUUUAGUAUUAAAUCAAACAUAUAUUGUCACUUCUGAUUUCAUUAUAAUAGAAUAUUUACAUUCUGUAUGCUUAGACCCAUUGACAAAAAUUGCAUUCAUA